AUUGUAGAGAGCGCAACAAAAAUGAGAAAAAGGUUUUGUGCGACUCUCUAUUUGAUUAUAAAUACUCAUGACUAUGGGAAAUGUAACUGACUUCAACGUUUCUGUCAUUUGAAUGUACAGUGAAUACAAAAACAAACUCAGCCGAUUUUUAUUGUUGUCCUUUAUUGUUAUAAGAUAGUUUUAUUUAUUCUUUUAUAAUGGAUGACGAUCCGAGAGAAGUACUUGCUCUGUUGAAUUCAUUAGGAUUCGUUGGAAUUACCGGGCAACAACUUAAAGCUUUUAUGAAAGCUGUACAGGAAAAUCAAAGAACACGAAACGAAACGGAGAAAAGAAGAAAUGAAAAGAAAAAUAUUACAUAAACAACACAAUAUGAUCAAAGAAAUUCUUAGAGAACAUAAUGCAGAACAUUUAAUUGAAAGUACAAUAUCUAGUAAUUCUUCUAGUUCUUAUAUCGACAGUUCCCUUGUGAAGGUAAGGGUAAAAUGUUUAUCUAAUGGAAAAGAAAAUAAAGAAUCUAACUCGGAAGAAAAUUCUGCAAGAACCAGACAAAAAAUAAAUGUAGUCAAAUCAGAACCUAAAACUAGAGAGGUAUUUGAUCAUUAUACUAUUAAACCUACUAGUGUACCUUGUAAAGAAAAUGAUAUACUUCAGCAACAAAGUAAAACUAAAUAUCUUGAAGGUUUGAGAAAAGAUACUUAUCUGAGGAAACAGCAUGAAACUAAUGCAGAAACUGAUAAAAUAAUACAUGAAAAAUCGACAUCUUUGCAGUGUGCACGUCCUAUGAGUGCUCCAAAUAUUUUAGAACGCGAACAAGACCAUAUUGGUAGUAGUCAAACAAAAAGUACACAGUCUACAAAGUCUGGAUCAAAGUCAUUUAUAAGACCAUGGAGAUUACAACCAGAAGUUCAAAAAGCCUUAAGUGCUAGAAAGUCUGAUCCUGUAAUGCUGUAUCAAAAAUAUCAGCAAGAGUGGAAGCAGAUGUCCUUUCCUGGAGAAGCUAAACAUUCAAGCAUAAGAUGGGCAAUUCGUGAAAAAAUGUUGGGUGGAGAUCCUCAUCCCAUGCCUCUUCCUAAAAAGUCAGCUAGUAUGCCAAUGCUAAAAAAAAAAUGACCUUGGUUGAAUUAGGGAUUAAAAUUUUUCAAAGGAGUAAAUAAUUAUGAAGAAAUUUGUACUAAUAGGUAUGUUACAUUGAAUAGUUAUAAGGAAAAAUUGUUUGCUAUUAUUAAAAAUAAAUACAGAUUGAUAAAUGGUAAACAGGUAUUUAAUGUUUGCUUUUUUUAUUUUCUAAAUCUGAUUAAGUUUAAACUUCUUUGUUAAUAUUUUAUAAUCUGGCCUAUGCAUGUGAUAUAAUAUUCUAUCCUCAAUUAAACGUGCAGCCCUUUCAGUGAGGAUUAAAGUGUCAUGUUUUAGCAUACUGUAAACAUUUAGCCCUGAAAAAUAAGUCAGAAAUAAAUAUAUGUUAUAUAAUAAUAAUAUUUAAUGUGCCUGAUAUUUAACUUACCAUAUACAGGCAUUAAGUUCACAUGUUUUAUUGUGUCUGUAGCCUCUGUUAUGUUGGGGGGCAUAAUAUCCUCGGUAUCAACAAACAAUACAGAAGGACCCCAAUGUCUUGUUUCUAUCAAUUCGUCGAUAUACGAGGAUUCAUUUGUUGGAACUUCAAGAUCAUUAAUUAUGUAUAAAUCAUCUUGAGCAAGUUUGAUAGAUAAUGUGCUUGUAAGUCCAGCAACACGAGCGAAGAAAGGAAGCAUAUAGAAAUGUGGUGUAGGAGAUCGAGGUCCAUGUGCAACACCACCCUUUCGCCAUAAUGGCGAACGUAUACUUCCAUGACGGGCACGUCCCAAUCCUUUUUGCGGCCAUGGUUUUCUACCACCACCCCUUACUUCUGCUCGAGUUUUUGUAUUUGCAUAGUUCUAAAAUAAAGCAUUAAUUCUGUUUUUUAGCAGUUUUAAUAAUGUUGAUAUUUUUUUUUUAGAAACAAUUGAUAUAGUUUGACAAUUACCACCCAGCGGUACAUUCGUUGCCAUUGAACAUUCCUAUGGAUAAUAUCUAUUCGUGGAGCGGCACCAAAAACAUCGGGAUGUAAAGUUACAAGUCCCAAUUUUUUUCUUUCAAUAGUGUCUAAGUUCUCUAUCCAUACCUCUCGUGGUUUUUGAUAGAAAAACUUUUCAUCUUGGUAACUGACCUUAGAAAUGAUCGGACUGGUUUGCUCUGUGAUCACUUUCGUACAAUACGUUAGUGCUUGAUACGAACAUGUUUGUACUUUUGUGAUGACAUUUCUGAAUAACAUUGACAUUUUUAUAAGA